AUGAUAAAAAAGUGUUUGCCAGUGUUGUGUCUAAUCAUAAUUGGUAGUAGAGCUUAUAAUUCGGACUAUAGAUUUUAUCAUCGGGAAAGGGUUUACGAUUUGCCUCAGAGGUUUGAUGGGGAACCACCAUUAACACGUACCCAAUGGUUGUGUUUCGUGCUGGGCAUUUGCACCACAACCAUACCAGCACCAAUCCAAUCAGCAUCCCCCAACCUCAGACUGAUCUCCCAAUGGAACCAAUUGGAAUUCGAUUAUGCAACUUUGCAGGACAGGCAGCAUGACAUUGACAUUGGCUUGUUCACGCCUGGAACCAUUGCACCAAUCGAUGUAGAUGUUUUUUAUUCGCCUAAUAGUAGCAACAAUGAAGUUUUCGUUACAAUACCGAGAUUCGUGGAAGGAAUACCGGCCACUUUGGGUACAGUGACCAGUAAACAAUCUGAUGGCAAUCCUGUUAUCAAGCCUUAUCCUAAUUGGAGUUGGCAUAGGAGGUCUGAGGAGUGCCACAGGGACAGGAUCGUCUCUGUUUUUAGAGUAAAGGUUGACGAGUGUGGAAGAUUAUGGGUCCUGGACACUGGAAAAAUUGGUGAAAAGCAACUCUGCUCUCCACAAUUGUUAGCUUUUGAUUUGAACACUAACCAAUUGGUCCACAGACACGAAUUUCCAGCAGACAUCCUCCCAAUCCAGCAUCUUUUAGUGACUCCAGAAGUAGACGUACGAGAUCCUAAUUCAGGCUGUAGAGACACUUUUGUCUACAGUGCCGAUGUCGUAGGAUUUUCGCUUUUAGUACAUGACGUAGCCAAUGGUAGAUCCUGGAGGGUCCAGGACAAAACGUUUUAUCCUUAUCCAAAUUAUGGCACUUACAACAUUGCAGGGGAAAGUUUCGAGCUUAUGGAUGGUAUUCUGGGACUUUCGUUGUCGCCUCAUAUACCUGGAGAUGAUAGAGUGUUGUUUUACCAUGCAAUGUCGAGCCCAACGGAAAAUUACGUUUAUACUUCGUAUUUGAGGAAUCGGACCAUUUUUGAGCAUGAUCCUUCGGCUGCGCCGCAAAUAUUUCAGACAUUCCCUAACCAAAGAACUACCCAAGUGGCCUCCGAAGCAAUCGACAAAGACGGCGUAAUGUUUUUUGGUCUAAUGAAAGACUUCCAAAUUGCCUGCUGGAACGCUAGGACCGAUUACGGACCAAAAAAUUUCGAUAUUGUCGCCAGCGAUCCAAUUACUCUACAAUUUCCUAGUGGAAUCAAGAUCAUUCGUAAUAAAAGAGGCCAACAAGAACUCUGGAUACUGACGUCGAGAUUCCAAAAAGUCGCCACUGGUUCGUUGAAUUCUCGUGAGCCUAAUUUUCGGAUACAAGCUGGAAAUGUAGAGGAUCUUCUUUAUGGUACCAAGUGUAGACCAAAGCAACAGCACCAUAAUCAAGUUGGUGGUGGUGGUUAUGGACUUUAUGGACAUGGAAACAGACUAAAUUAUUAA